AGGUCCCGCCCCCCCCGCCACCGGCGGCGUCACACGCACCGCUACUUCCGCCAUACGCCGGGACGCGCCUUCCGGCUCGGGGUCCACCUCCACUGGUGAAAUCCUCAGAUCGACCGCCCGGAAUUCCCGGAAGUGGCCCGGUUGCCAGCUUACUGUGCUAUAGGGAGAGAUGGCGGUGGUCACCUUGGUCCCGACGCUGGCGCGGGUGCUGUCAAAGCACAGUCUGCUGUCUCCUUUGCAUAGUGUGACGUCAUUCAGACGCUUCUACAGAGGCGACAGCCCAACAGAUUCUCAAAAAGACAUGAUUGAAAUCCCUUUGCCUCCAUGGCAGGAGAGAACUGACGAAUCCAUCGAAACCAAAAGAGCCCGCUUACUCUAUGAGAGCAGAAAGAGGGGGAUGCUGGAGAACUGCAUUCUCCUUAGCCUGUUUGCUAAAGAGUAUCUGCACAACAUGACAGAGAAGCAGCUGAACCUCUAUGAUCGACUGAUUAACGAGCCUAGCAAUGACUGGGAUAUUUACUACUGGGCCACAGAAGCAAAACCAGCCCCAGAAAUAUUUGAAAAUGAAGUCAUGGAACUGCUGAGAGAAUUCGCCAAAAACAAAAACAAGGAACAGAGACUGCGUGCCCCAGAUCUGGAAUAUCUCUUUGAAAAGCCUCAUUAAGCUGGGUACCGCUGCCUGUCAUGGUGGACAGUAUAUAGAUAGAAACUGCUUCUGGCACUGACCUUGGCCUCCUGCUUCUCCUUAGACUCUUGAACCUCUCCCAGGAAAGACAUGUAAUGUGUUAGAUGACUCAUUCUAACCUGUGCUUGUCUGUACAGCACAGGUCAGACGCCUUACCUGGCUGCUAAGUGCUAUGCUGUAGGUCUGCCACAAGAGGGCACUACAGGGGAAGCGAUUCCGCUGCCUCAGCCCCAACAGUAUAAAGGACACUGCUACUGAAGGAAGAGCUGACCCGGUCCUCUAUCUAGUGACCCUGGGCUUUGUUAAGAUAAAACUGCCCUUUUCCAUCCUGAUAAGUUCUUUUGCUAAGGAAUGUCAAUCCAAGCCCCUGAACUGAGCCCAUCAAAGGCACAGCAAGCUGAAUGAGGCACCAAAGCAGGAAUAUUGUGGGCAUACUGCUUAAGUAAGCAUCUUCAUCAAAUUUUCACAACAUACACGUUUUAAACUGAAAGGUAGUUGAAUAUUGAAGAAUAUCAAGAGAAGAAAAUUGACAGUUCUUCAACCCUCACAAUUAUCUUCAUUUUUUUCUGUUUCUAUUGCAACCUAUAGUCAUGCUUGUAAUGGUGUUUUACAAGAUUAUAGUCAUAAGUUUUCUGACUUUGUGGCAUUGUGGCAAACUUUCUCCUCAUUCUGACAGCCUUUCAAAUUAUUUUAGUUGACCAAAUAAUAGUAAUACAUAAGAAGUAACAUAUUAACUGUGUGUGAUAGGUCAUGGCUAUAAUCCUGGCCCUUGGAGAACUGAGGUAGGAACAUCACUAAGAGUUUGAGGCCAGCCUGGACCACACUGUUAGAAUGAAGUAGCUAGGAGGGCUGUGCAUUCCUGGAGGUAUUCUUUCUGCAGGAACUCUGCCCUCAGCUGCGAAGAGGCAGUCACUCUGGCUGGUAUGUGAAAGUGUUGGCUAGAGAAAGCAGGCCAGAACUGAGAAGCCUGGGUGGUUAACUACAAGAGCUAUAGGAGAAAGUUCCCUGGCACGGAAGGGAAGGGGGGAACCAGCUUCAAUUACCUCACAGCACUCCCACAGACAGAUAGCAUUGGGCCUACUUAUGGACAAGAGAUUGUCUUCGAAGGAGUCAAUAAUGCAUCCAUGAUCAAAAAGCCAGGAUUUGAGGCUGGAGAGAUGGCUCAGCGGUUAAGAGCACUGACUGGCUGUUCUUCCAGAGGACCUGGGUUCAAUUUCUGGCACUACAAAGCAGCUCACAACAGUCUGUAACUCUAGUUUCAAGAGGAUCUGACACAGACAUAGAUGCAAGCAAAACACCAAUGAACAUUAAAAAAAAAUCAUAAAAAGGUUAAUAAAAGGAUGAAAGCUGGAAUAUAUAAUUGUUUGAUUUACAUCAAAAGCUCAUGAACUUUCUUCUAGACAACACAGUAGCAACCAUCACUUCUGGACAACUGAAGGCAAGAAUGACAGUUCUGAGACAGCUCUGUAUUGCUCUAUGGUAGGUAGGAGGCCACUAGCUACUUCCCAAAGUGAGGAGAUUCCACCCAGAAUCACCGAGACCCCCAUUGUGGCUCUGGUAAGAAGACACAGUGUAGCGUGAUGGUUAUGAGUUCAAACCUUUGCUUUAUUACUUAGCUGCUAGAUAAACUUACUGGCCUAAGCUUUGGUUUCUAACUAAGGGCGAUAAUCACUUAAGUCUCAAGAUUGCUAAAAGCUAUAAUAGGUAACACUGGAUGGCAUCUAGUACCCGGAAUAGCAUAGGAAGACAGGAGCCUUUGCUCAAAGCCUCACCCUGAGACUUAGAGCCUGCCUUCUAACAGAUUGCCUAUCAUCAACUGCACAUAUACACACAGGGCAGUCAUCUGAAAGUCAGGAGGCUGAGCUUAUUAAAAUAACCACAGAGUGCCUUACCAGAAUGCAAAGUGGAAGGAAAAACCUACCCUGGUGACAAGUCCUUUGAUGGAAAAGUUUAGCUCUCACUUAAGCAAGGAAUAGGAAUGAGACCUGUGGAAUAAAAGCAGGAGCUUACAGAGAUGCUAGCUAGCCCUUUGGGCUUCUGAUGUCCUAGGGGGAUGGAGGUGCUAAACAGACAGGGUUUAUAUAUAGAAACAUCUGGACUGUAAGGAGUGCACAGGAAUUGCGUAGCACCUUCCCCAUUUAUCAUGGGCAUGUUAUACAACAAGCUCCAGAAGCCAAGUGUGCACCUCAGUUCUGAUCCCUUCUUACCCUCAUUCCGUCUUAUUUUACACAGUGUUCAGCUUGCACCUGGGAAUGGCAUGCUUCUAAAGGAAUUGUUUUCCUUCCAGGCUGCUGGCUUGUAUCAUCUUUGAAAGUGAAGGAUUUUGCUAACUUCAGCUGCUCAGUGUCAAGCCCAAGGGUGCUAUGUAAACAGUUUUUUCUUUUAUUAGACAUUAAGUAAAACUAGGCCGGCCACAAUGCAUUUCCAAAAAAAUUAAUAAAUAUAUUGCCAGGGCCAGCAGCUUCCCAGGACCCAC